GGGAGCUCUUCUCCGUCGUUCCCGGUUCCUCACCCCUCGACAUCAAAAUGCUAUGUCCUUCGCAUCUGAAGACGACAAUCACCGCGUUUGAUAAGCUACUCGCCUCCUUUCGGGCCUCCACGCACAUGCACGUUACAGCAGAUUUCCAUAUGUAAAUUGGGCGCUGCCUCCCAUGUGCGAUGCCGCGAUCAGAGAAGGCAACUCGCCGUUGACUCUUUCGUGAUGUCAUUCGUCGGAAAGGGGUUCUAUGCCGAUUCGGAUCCCCAGUAGGAGUGCACAUUUAUAAGAAAGGGCUUGAAUCGAGACCCAAGGAAUCCAAUUCGAAGCAGCUCGUCUUUCGUCCUGCUACUACCACCGACACUGGGCAUCUGUUCCUCGACAUCAUGUCUAUUCAGAUCACCAACAUACUGCGCGACGCAGGCGACGAUGUGACUGGCAAUAUGGCAGCACAGGUGCGCGCCGGACUGCUCGGUUCUGGCCCCAAGCAUCUCCCGACUAUGCUGCUCUACGACGAGCGCGGGUUGAGACUGUACGACGACAUUACGACUAACGCCCCAGAAUACUACCUCUUCGGCGCUGAGGAGGAGAUCUUGAAGAACAAAUCAGAUGAUAUUGUGGCCGCAAUGCAUCGAGGCACGGGUGGCGUCUUCGACAACGAAGUCGUUCUCGAGCUGGGCGCUGGUGCACUACGCAAAACGUCCCACGUUCUUCUAGCCCUUGCUCGUCUCGUCGAAACCACGCCAGACUCGGACAUCCCACCCAUAACGUACUUCGCCUUGGAUCUCGAACAACGUGAGCUCGAGCGCACCUUGGGCGAAAUCAGUGCUUCGGCCGUGGGAAAGAGCCUGGAGGGUAAGGUGGAGACGCGUGGAUUGUGUGCGACCUAUGACCAAGGGCUCAAGUUUGCGCAUUCUGGCGGCUUGUGGCACACUCGUGGCAACCGCCAACACCAAUCAAACUCCCGCCGAUCAUUCUCGUUGCACGAUUUCCGGGCAGUGCGCGAUGUCUCUCCUCCGAGCUCGUCUGGCAGUGGCUCGUCCGAGGCAGCGACAUCGCCACCCUCGACUCCAGAUGACACUCCUCCACCGGUGCACCUGAUGUUCCUGGGCUCAUCUCUGGGCAACUUCUCACGGUCUGAGGGAGCGGCCUUCCUCCGCUCAUUGCCUCUCCGGCCUGGAUCCGGGGACACCCUUCUGAUCGGCCUGGAUCAUGACAAUGAGAAGGCUAUGAUUGAAGCAGCUUACAAUGACAGCCGGGGCUAUACGAAGCAGUUCAUCUUGAACGGUCUCAAGACGGCUGGCAGAGCGAUCGGGGAUGAAAAUUUGUUCGAUGAAGAUAAUUGGGAAUAUGUCAACAAUUACGACAUGACCGACCGGCGGCACGAAGCCUUUCUGCAAGCAAAGCGCUCUCAUACAGUGAUGCUCCCCGAAGAAGUCUGCUUUUCCAUGGGGGAGAAGGUCAAGAUCGAAGAGUCGUUCAAGUUUUCCGAUGCGGACGCUUACACUCUUUUCUCCGAGAGCAGCUUGCGAGUGAUUCAGCGCUGGACUGAUAGCACUCAUCGUUACUCUCUUUGGCUGCUUGAACGGCCGCUGUUUACGUUUCCAUUAUUAUCAUCCCUGCACGCAUGCGACUCUCGGGGCCAACUCGUGCCGAAGAAGUUAUAUUCGACCUCUCCAUUCGGUGUGCCUUCACCAGAAGAGUGGCAGAACCUCUGGGCGGCAUGGGAUUUUAUCACGCGCCGAAUGAUCCCAUCCUCCAUGUUGAUGCAGAAACCGAUCGAUCUGAGGCACAUUUGUCUGUUCUACCUCGGCCAUAUCCCGACUUUCUUGGAUAUCCAUGUGUCCAAGCUCCUCCAAGAGCCUCACACUGAACCCGAGUCUUUCAAGCUAAUUUUUGAGCGUGGAAUCGACCCCGAUGUCGACGACCCAAACAUGUGCCAUCCUCAUUCGGCAGUCCCACAAAACGAAAGCGAGUGGCCGACUAUGAUGCAGAUCCUUCGAUUCCAAGCCCGGGUACGCGCCCGGGUGCUCAAGAUCUACGAAAAAAUCGAUUCAGGCGCGUUGGCCCUGACACGCAAAGUCGGCCGGGUGCUCUUCAUGACAUUGGAACACGAGGCUAUGCAUGCAGAGACGUUGCUGUACAUGCUAUUGCAGAGAGCUGGGAGCGGGACGCUCCCACCUUCAGGAUUUGUGACUCCGCCCUGGGAGUCUCUAGCCGAACAGUGGGACUCGGAGCCCGCACCACACAAUUCCAGCAUCGUGUUGGGGCCCGAGAUGGUUGUGUAUGGGCAUGAUGAUCUCGAGGAUGAGGAUGACGCAGUCGCCGGCGACCAUGAGUUUGGCUGGGAUAACGAGCAUCCUAAACGCCAGACGCAAGUGGGCCAGUUCCGGAUCGAGUGGCGCCCUGUGACGAACGGGCAGUUCUAUCGAUUCUGGACGACCACCAGUGAAGAUGUGGCUCUGCCUGCCAGCUGGGUCGAGGUUGACGGGGAGAUGCGGGUCCGCACUCUCUAUGGGCCCAUUCCAAUGAAGAUCGCCAAGAACUGGCCCGUGCUGACGUCGUAUGCCAACCUCUCCAAGUACGCUGUCGUCCAGGGCGGUCGCCUGCCCACUGAGGCCGAGCUCCGGUUGUUCAACGCCAAAUUCUCGGCUGGGCACGGGGGAGGAGAAAACGUCGGCUUCCGGAACUGGCAUCCUGUCCCUGCCACCACUGGCAACGGUCAGCGGGGCAGCAACGGCGGAGUCUGGGAAUGGACGUCUACCGUGUUCGACCGGUACGGCGGAUUUGUGCCGUCCAAGUUGUACCCAGGGUACUCUGCAGACUUUUUUGACGAGAACCAUCGUGUUGUGCUUGGCGGGUCAUAUGCUACGAUCCCCCGUCUCGCCGAGCGCAAGAGUGUUCGUAACUGGUAUCAUCACAAGUAUGCUUACGCUUGGACCGCCGGCCGAGUCGUAUAUGAUGUGUGAUGUUGGGGGUUUGAAAUGGUCGUUUCCGACCUCAAUCUGUAUCAUCUACAUCUCUGUAACCACCGGCAAUGUAACACCGCCUUUUGCAUUCACAGUUUAUGCAAAAUAGCUAGGGGGCGCAACAUUUGUCGAGUCUCCAGACGCGGCUGCCUCCGCUAGCGGUGCUUCCGACCUCUUGGAAGUCACUUCGGGCAUCGCAGGAGGAUGGCUCAGGUCGAUGACAAAUGGCGACACCUGUCGCUCUAGAGGACCGCGCCUCAUUAACAGCGUGGUUUGGUUGCGUGGAACAAUUCCUAUUCGAUCCACCGAGUUCGACUCUGGUCCAUGAUUCUGCUUGCGCUUGCAAUAUCGUGAUAUCAUCAGCACGGCGAUGACACAGCCCAUCAAACCUCCGACUAUCCCGCCAAGGAGUGCUGCGGAAGGACGGUGCCUUGUAACGGAAGAUUGGAGCGCUGGAGUCGAAGAUGGAUAAGCAGUGUUCAGUGCACUCCAUGCGGACAUCGAUGAACUGGCCGUUUGAGAAGGGAAGGUUGACGAUAUCCAAGCCGAUGUGGUACUGACUCCAUCGGCACCCUGCGUCGAUGUUGAGUGUGCAGAUGAAACAGAAGAAACAGAAGAUGCAGGCGAGGAUAUCAUCGUCGUGGUCGAUGUGGGAUGGGCAGAUGUUGUUGAUAUGGCAUCUCCCGAUCUACUGGUGCUGAUAUCAGCAGUUGAAGUCGCUGUAUGCAAGGUGGUAGCGACGGGCUGGGUUGUGGUUGUGGUUGUGAGCUGAGGACUGGGUUGUGUUGCAGGCACAGGAGCAGGAGCAGAAUUGGGUGUGCUUCCAGAGUUCGACGGGGAAACGCUGCCCGCAGGGAGGACAGUCAAGCUGCUUCCCCAUUCUCCAGCCGUGUAGAGAGCUAAUUCACUGGCGAACACGAAGCUCGACGUAUCCUGCGGCAACGGCCAGCCGUUCGGCACACUAGUGGAGACAGACCACGCCUGGUCCGACACAAGAAUCUCUGGGGAUCCUUCCGUGUAUUCGAGCUUGAUUGCCGCAAGGAGCCCCGGGGGCGGGCUGCCCGCGUCGUUAUCAUUCACCGCCAGGAUGGAGAAUGUGUUCCACGAUGCGGCGAGCGGGGCGAAGAAGGUUUGCACGGACUUCCAGCCAUCCGCUCCCCUAUCGACGUGGGCGGUCUGAUUCCCGUUGACCCAAAGAGUGUAACUGUUCACAACUGUGAGGUGUAUGGUCGCUGAGGAUGCGGUUCGGCCAGUGGGGGUGGCGUAGCCACGCAGAACGGCGAUAGUGCCUGUCGCAGAAGGAUUCGUCCAUAUCCAGUGUGCGGAAUCCAGACCAGCGUCAGAAGCAGAGUCUCGUUCGACUACGGUUUCAGAGGCUCGAAAGGCAGGCCGGGCGUAGGAGAGUCGCGAUGGAGCGUAACAGAGAAGGAAUACAACAAGGAAAAGACAGUAUCGCGGAAUGAACGCUGCGGCGGAUCGGAUCCUUUUCCUCUCGAAUUUCCUUCUAACGCACCUAGGGUGGCCAACAUCGAAGUUCGAACGUAGGGCAAAGAGAGCGAGGAUGGGAUCGACACAGAUCGUCCUCUAUAAAAAACGACUUGUCCCAUCGAGGAUACGCAUGACUUGCGUGUGUAGAUCGGGAGGAUCUUUCGUGCAGGAGGCAGGUCAUAUUGCAGCAAGGCUGAGGCGCUGUUCUAACGCUGUUGCGGU